AUGGACAAGGGGAGAGCAAUGGAUAUUGUCUACCACGACUUCAUCAAGGCUUUUGACACUGACUCUCACAACACCCUCAUACACAACUGCAGGAAGUGUGGACUGGAUGAGUUGACAGAGAGGUGGAUUGAGAACCGGCUGGAUGGCAGACUGCAGAUGGUCCAAGUGGUGGCCUGUGGCAUCCUGGCCUGGAUCAGGAAGUGUGGCCAACAGGUCCAGGAAAGUGAUUCUUCCCCUGUACUCAGCGCUGGUGAGGCCACCCCUGGAGUGCUGUGUCCAGCUCUGGGCCCUCAGCUCAGGAAGGACAUUGAGGGGCUGGAGCAGGUCCAGAGAAGAGGAAUGAGGGUGGUGAAGGGACUUGAGCAUAAGCCCUGUGAGGAGAGGCUGAGGGAGCUGGGGUUGUUCAGCCUGGAGAGGAGGAGGCUCAGGGGAGAUCUCAACACUCUCUACAACUCCCUGACAGGAGGCUGUAGCCGUGGGGUUGGUCUCUUUUCCCAGGCAACCAUCAGCAAGACAAGAGGGAACGGUCUCAAGUUGUGCCAGGGAAGGUUUAGGUUAGAUAUUGGAAAGAACUUCUUUACAGAGAGGGUGGUCAGACAUUGGAAUGGGCUGCCCAGGGAAGUGGUGGAUUCUCCAUCCCUGGAGAUUUUUAAAAAGAGAGUG